AUGGAUUUUCCAACGCAGCAAUUAUGCCAUCAUUUCUCUCUUGCUGACAUUCAACUAGCAACCCAAAACUUCAACGAUGGAAUGGCUGUUGGUCAAGGAGGUUUUGGAAAGGUCUACAAAGGCUAUAUCCAGACCCAAAAGAGUAGUAACUCCAUUGUCGCGAUCAAACGUUUAGAUUCGAUGUCUGAUCAAGGAGCACCGGAGUUUAAGGCUGAAGUGGAGAUGCUUUCUAGGCUGAGACAUUCUCACCUAGUGUCUCUACUUGGGUGUUGUGUUGAUGGCGAGGAGAUGAUCCUUGUUUACGAGUACAUGCCCCAUGAAACUCUAUACCAUCAUCUGCACAAAACUAAUACCCCUUUAACUUGGAUGCAGAGACUCAAGAUAAGCAUUGGGGCUGCACGUGGGUUGGAUUAUCUCCACACUGGUACAGGUACCAACCAUGGAGUCAUUCAUCGAGAUGUGAAGAGCUCAAACAUUCUGCUGGAUGAGUAUUGGGAAGCCAAGAUAUCAGAUUUUGGGUUGGCCACGAUCUGUCCUAUAAAUCAAUCAUCUACAUACGUCAAUGCUGUCAUUAAAGGAACAUUUGGGUAUCUUGAUCCAGAGAUAUUUAUGACUGGAAAAUUCACACGUAAAACAGAUGUUUUUGCCUUUGGAGUGGUAUUGUUUGAAUUGCUAUCUGGACGGCAUGCAGUCCUUCCUGACGGCGAUGAGGAUUUGAGUUUGGCAACAUGGGCUAAAAAAUGUGUUAGAAAGGGGAAAUUAGAUCAGGUAGUUUCUGCCGAAAUAAAAGAGCAAUUGUUUCCCAAAAGUUUAAAGGAGUUUUCCCAAAUUGCAUACCGCUGCUUGCAUACAGAUCCAAAAGAACGGCCUACAAUGUCUGAGGUGGUGCUAGCACUUCAACAAACAGAGUCAUUACAGCUGAAGUUUUUAAAUGAUUCUAUAAAACCUGCAGGCGUUUUUGGCUUCGCUUGGAAAAUGCCAAGUUACUUUGCUCUCCCAACUAAGGAUAUCUCUGGACAUACUGAUACGAAUCCAACAAGAAACAGCAAAAACAACAAUCGUUACAAUCCAGUGCUUCCUAAAAUCGAGCAAAUUCAUUCCCAUGAUAUUAAAAUAUUUUCAUAUACCGAUCUCAAAAGGGCUACAAGGAACUUUCAGAAUGCUUCAAGGUGCCGGUGGGGUUUGGUCUUCUUAGGUUGGGUCCAUGAGAAGACAUAUUCCCCUUCAGAGAAAGGAGUUGGAUUGGCCAUUACAGUGAUGCAUUUUUUGGAGAAGCCUGAGGGAAACUUAAAACUGUUGAGCGAAUUUAGUCAUCCGAACCUUCAUCGGGUUCUAGGAUACUGCCUAGAAGAUGGAAGAUUCUACCUUGUACAUGAGUUCUUGGAGGAAAGGAGCUUAAGGGAUCACUUAUACGAAGGAGAUGCAGCAGAACUACCCUUUACUAUGAGGGUUAAAAUAGUAAUAGGAGUUGCUCGUGCCUUGGUUUUCUUAAAACGUAAGCGGCUGAUUGUCAAAAACUGGAUGCUAAAUACACAUGAGAUUUGGUUUGAUGAGGAUUUCAAUGCAAAGCUUCUUUAUUUCGAUGGGGCAAAGCUGGUAAUUCAAAUGCCCCGGCCAUUAGCAGUUGCCUGGUCACCUUGGGUAAGACAGUGUGAUUCUGAGGGUAUUGCACUGUUACUGAUGGAGAUACUUAUAGCGCAGCCUGUUAUAACAAGCAUGGAUUUCGGGAAACUACAUUUUUACCGUUUGUCCCAUGUACUCAAGGACAUGUCAGAUAAGAAGAUCAAAAAUCUUGUGGAUCCGCGAAUGAAACUACGUGCUUCUCAAAUCAAGAGAGUGCGCGAGUUAAUUUCUCUAAUAUACAAAAUCUAUGAAAGCCCUUACAAUCUGGAGGAUGCCUUGUUGGAGUUAGAACAGUUUUAUUUCAGAAUGACAUAG